AUUGGAUUUUCUGGUUCUUUGCUUCAACACCUCCCAUGUACAAAAUCAAAUCACUUUCCAAGGCCCCCAAAACUGGAUCACUCACAGCUACAAAACCUUCGAACACAUUAAGCUUGUUUUCAAACAUUACAGCAUUAACCUUUUUCUAUACACCAAAACUUGGUCACUUCCUACUCACUAAUCAAUCCUUCAAAAAACACAUGAAACAUCCACUCACAUCACUGAACCCUGACAUCAUCGCCACCCCGCUAAACACAUCUACCCCACCAUCUCCACCUCUCAUCCCCUGCACCAUACUGUACACCAAUUCAUCAAAACCACAAAUAACACUCAACACCACCACAUAUCAAUCAAUAUCAAAAAUGUCCUCGCCAUCACAAAACUCACAAAACUCCACCGGAUCGCAAGGUUCAGAAGGCUCAGCCGGUUCAGCGGGUUCGGCAGGAUCAGCUGGCUCAAAGGGCUCAGCUGGAUCGAAUGGAUCAAAUGGCUCGAAUGAAUCGCCAAAAGAAACGAACGGAUCACGAGCAACAAAUGGGUCAAUGAAUGAAUCUCUACCACCCGAAGCCAUCGCUUUCGCAACAAGAAUCUAUGAUGCUGCACGAGCGGGGGAUGUCGCCAUCUUUGGGCAGGCGCUGCUGAGGGGGUUGCCGGUUAAUAUGACGAAUGAGAAGGGGGAUUGUUUGGUGAGUCUUCUCGUUUAUUCUUUUGUUUCUUUUUAGUGUUAUGUGUGGAGUUUGAGGUGUGAGAUUUGAGGAUUUAAUGGAAGGGCGGAAAGAGGUUUUUUAUGUAAAAGGGAAAGGGGAUGGUGUUACAGAUACAGAUACUGAUACUGAUACGAGGACGAAUAGGUAAUGCUAGCAGCCUACCACGGCCACGCAGCCCUCGUCAAACUCCUCCUCCAGCAUGGCGCGGAUCCGAAUCGUCUUAAUGAUAGGGGACAGAGUGCUUUGGCUGGUGCGGUGUUCAAAAAUGAAAAAGAGGUUAUUGAGGUAUGUUAUUCUGCUUACUUACAUAACCCCAUCACUCCAACACUUAUAUAUCAAUACUACAACUUGGCAAAUCUUUUCAAAUUGUAUUAUCCACUUCACCAUUCUUUUGAAAGGAGAUGCAGUGCUUGACGAUGCGAAUGGGGAUGGGAUUGGUAACUAAUCUGGACAUAGGAAUUAUUAAAAGGAAAUGCAGAUCCGGAUCAUGGAUCGCCUAGUGCGUUGGAGGCGGCGCGGUUGUUUGGGCAGGAGGAAACUUGGAAGAGGAGGUUUGAGGAGGCUCCAGGUAGGGGGAUGGCGGGUGGGGGUAUUUUGAUAGCAUAA